AUGGGCAUCGACAAUACGAAAACUACGCUUUGCGUCUCAGGCGACUCCAAGCUCGAAAACCGACUCAUAGACCAAUCUCUCACAGUUGUCGACUUCAUCAACUGCGGUGACAUUGCUACACCCCUCAAGCACUUCACAAGCCCGGACUAUAUGUGUCACUAUCCAUUUCCAAACGGCCAAAUCCUCAUGAUGAACCGCCAACAGACCAUUGCGCACUUCGAAGACGCUGUGGUCAAGCAAGAAGGAAUUUUCUUCUGGAAAGUCAUGAACGUGUCGGUGAUGGUGGAUCUACCGCUGGGGUACGCGCAAGUAUGGAUUGCGCUGCGCGUGAACAGACUUGAAGAGUUUGGGAAAGUAUAG